AUGGUCCUAGCAUUCCGGCCUUCCUAUACUCCAACCUACGACAUCAGCCCAGGGAUUCCAUUCGGACAGUUCCUCGGCCCUGUUCUUCAACAACCUACCGAUGCGACCCUACAGCUGGAGUACGACACCGUUGGUACUCGCCACAUACAGCUUGACUUCCGCUUUGCCCGCGGGCCAAAAGAAUUGCUCCUUAUGGAGCGCCCACACUCUAUCGACGUAACCAGCUGGCAAGCGAACUUGUCCAGCCCGUACUCAAGGAUUUCGCGACUGGCCCUGAACGAUUCGGCUAGUGGUAUUCAUAUCACCACUACCCUCAUCCGGCAACCUUCCCACCUCUCCUCCACAGAGACAUCACCCACCACAACGUCUAAGCGUAAGGCGCCAGGCCCUGCUCAAUCACCCUACAGAAGCGAGAAAUUCGAGGUGCUCUAUCUCCGCACGAAAGCUUCCUGA